AAUUAUUCCUUCUUAUAUGUCCUUUUAUUAUAGAUGUUCAGCACUCAGGAGCGUCUUAAGAGACGUACUCCCGCUGGAGGUAUCAACCGAAAAACAUACCUACGUUUGCUGGUGGAUGAGUAUUACGAAACAUCGAACAUAGAAGCACAACAGCAGGUUACGGCAAAUCUAGCAAAUUUUGCUUACGAUCCUAUAAACUGGAAGUUCUUGCGGGAGGCAAAAGCGCACGAACUGUUUUACGAAAUUGUUCAACAAUCGCUGGCAGGAGUAGUGGAUCGGUUUCUAGUGCUACAUGCUAUCGUGGGGCUGGCAAAUAUUUCUCUCGAUCCAGUAAUUGCUGAAUACAUCGAGCGAAGCGACGGUCUUGAACAGUUGCGAGCAUUGUUGGAAAAAUAUCGAACAGAUUGUGAAAUAGUUUGCAACGGGUUGACGUGCUAUGCCUUUUUGCUAAAUGAUAGGAGAACUCUCUUACUGAAACAGAACAAUUGUUUGUUAAGCCUACUAGAACAUUUUAAACGCGCGGCAAACUCUAGAAUUGUAAAUCUUGCCACGAUAUUAGUAAACGAUCUUAGCUAGAACAAUGCAUUGGUCACAGUUAGUGAGACGGAUCAGCAGCGCUAAGACCACUGUUCAUCCUGUGGUAGGGACUGUGUUCAGUUUGUCGAGAAUAUUUCGCGAAUCUGACGUACAACAGUUUGUGGCACUAACGGGGGAUCGCAAUCCAAUUCACGUAGCUGACGUAACUGACCACAAAGAGCAAGUCUUCGUGAAUGGAGCCUUCCUGAAUGGUGUCAUUGCUGGGAUAAUAGGCACUCACUUUCCGGGCUUUGUGGUGACGACGCAGAACUUUCGUUUCCCGAACCGUUGCCACCUGGACAAGGAAGUCCACUUCAGCGUGAAGGUAGAGGAAAUGAGGAAAAUUGUAACUGUUUCGUAUGAAAGUAAACAAAACGGCAUCGUUGUUUUCGAAGGCUAUGCAAAAUUGUUUGCCGUGCGACGCUGAAAAUAAACAAUGCUUAACGAAAGC